GAGAAACCAAAACAAUAAAAAAACUGGUACACAAGAAUCAGCUGUAACCAGUCAGCCAUGCCUAACUGUAACUGAAAACAAAUGUUUGGUUUGACUUCAUUUUUUUCAAACGAUUGUAAUUGAAUGUUUUAAAAUGCUAAUUUUCAUAAUUUAAUUCCGAGUGAAACUUAAUAAUUCAAAGGAUAAGCUGAUACCGAUACAAAAAGAUUUCAUUUUAAUAUGUGAACCCUUCUGAUCUUUGGUGGCUAACUAAUUAAGUGAUUAAUCACUCGGUUACCAUGUCUGGGAAAACGAUUGAAGAGCCUAAAACUGUACAGUGGCCUUUGUUUACAAUCUUCUCCCCAACUAAAAUAAUCAUCUUUCUUUGGAAUACUUUUAAUCGGUUAACUUUCAUCUUCAUAGCCUUCUUAUUAAUAUGUUGGUCAUCCAUGUUCAUCUAUUUAACCUUUUACUUCCUCUAUAUACCCAAAAUAAGUCACACUCGGAAUAUUAACUUUCAAUUUGACUCACGGUGCCAAGACGACUGUCUUAAUCCUUAUGCUGAAGUUGCCUUACACGAUUUCAAGACUCCAUCAAUUUUUGCUCGAGGACAAUCGUAUCAAUUUACUGUAGAUAUGAAUGUUCCAGAAUCUGAUGUUAAUUGGAGUCAGGGCAUGUUCAUGGUGAGGUUAAAGUUAAUGGAUGAAAAGGAGCAAGUAUUACUCAACACAGCUUCACCAAGUAUUUUAUAUUAUAAAUCACCAAUUUUGAGAAUUAUUAAUAUCAUCUGUUAUUGGCCAUGGCUUGUUACUGGGUUCACCGGAGAAUCUCAACAUCUUACGGUGCCAUUAACGAACGAGUAUUCGGAUUCACUGCAACCUGGCCAUGGAUCAGCUUCGAAAGCAAUGAUUUAUUUAGAAGCUCGACAGAUCCAAAUCUACUCAGCAGUUUUGAAUAUCAAGGCUAAUCUUAAGGGUCUAAGGUAUAUGAUGGUUAACUGGCCUAUAACGAGUGCACUGUUUGGUACUUUCUCUAUUGGAUCGUUCUUGUCUAUUAUCACGUUAUUGAGUGUUUAUCGAGCUUUGAGCAACCAAGGCAAUGAUAUUAUUGCAGAUGACCAAAGACAACAACCCAGCUUGCAUAUCAAAGGAAAUGAAUUACCAGAUCCUAAUUCAGGUCUUUCUGGAAAUAUUGAUUCUGAAGCUUCCUCAAAGCUUGGUGAGGAUGAUGGUCCUGAUUCUACAAACCCAAUCUAGUCGGUUAAAUUUUGCCCCGAACAAAUGUGGAUCUCAUUUUCAAUUGUCUAACUUUAGACUAAUUCAACUUAUUUUUGUGACGAGGAAUAUUUUUGUUGCAUCUCAAACUUUAUACGAAAUUAAGCUUUUCAUGUUAUCAAAGAAAUAAAUUUUCUUAAUUUCUUAAAA